AUGCAACCUGAAAUAGAUGAGACCGAUUCAUUGAAAAUAUGCAUUGCCAGGCUUGAGGUCAAAAAUGCCGAACUUAGAAAGAAGUUUGCUGAGAUUGAAGCCAGGAAUGCUGAGCUUAAGGCCAGAAUUGCGAAAUUGGAAGAUAAUCAAACGCAGAAUGAAUUAAUAAAAAAUUUAAUACAUAUUAUUGAUAGACUACCUGAAAGUCUUGUAAAGAGAGCGUGUGAGAAACUUUUGCACCAUUCUAAAGAUCCUGUUCCAUUAGAAUCUAUUUUCAGAAAGAAGAAACGUAAAACUAUGGCUCAGGAAAAAGUAUUACGUCCUCAAAGCUGGCCAGAAUGUAAUGUAUCCCCAGCAUUACCGAUUAUACAUGUUGUAGAUAGUGGAGUCCAGACCGAAGAAAUAGCCCAUGAUCAUGAGGAAGAGAAUAAUCGCCGGGUAGUGAAUGAGCUUAAGGUGCUAUCUCAGCAUCUGUUUGAUUAUAAUAAAAGAACUUUUGAGAAAUUCAUGCAAGACAUAGAAAGGGAAUAUAGGGAGCGGGUUACUGCAAAUAAAAGAUUAUGA